UCAGCACUUGAUCAAUAAAACUGAGUCUUAGGCGAGGCAGGUUAAUUGCGGGACCUGUCUGUCAGACCCAUGAGCGCAUUGCGUUUCGGUUAGGUAUCAGCUGGCUUCUCGUCGAGAGCGUUUUGACGUCAUUGAAUCAUGUCAAGUAAGAAAGAAGAAGCCUUGGCACACAUAAAGGAAGCUGAAAAAUACCUGAAAACAUCAUUUUUUAAAUGGAAGCCAGAUCUAGACUCAGCUGCAGAUGAAUACAACAAAGCAGCCACCUGCUACAAGACGGUGCGCGCCCACGCCGAGUGCCGCGACUGCCUCGCAAAGGCCGCCAACUGCCACGAGCAGAACGGGUCGCUGUUCGCUGCGGCCAAGUGCUACGAGCAGGGCGUGCUGAUGAGCAAGGAGCUGGCCGACCUGCCCACCGUCAUCACGCUAUGCGAGCGCGCCGCCAAACUCUUCCAGCAACACGGCAGUCCGGAGUCGGCGGCGCAAUGUCUGGAGAAGUCGGCCAAGAUUCUGGAGACGUCGAGGCCGGCCGAUGCUGUGCCGCUGUACCAGCGCGCCACCGAUGUGGUCAUGCUGGAGGACCGGCCGCGCACCGCCGCCAACUACACCUCGAAGACAUCCCGGCUGAUGGUGCGCCUGGGUCGCUACGAUGAGGCCGUGGUGUCCGUCCGCAGGGAGAUGGGGUACCAACAGGAGCUCGAGGACGCCGCGCAGCUGGGCCGCCUGACGGUGGUGCUGGUGCUGCUUCACCUCGCCAGGGAUGAUGUGGUCGCCGCCAGGAAGGCCUUCGACGAGUGGGGCAACUACUGCGAGGCCGAGGAGGUGGGCACGCUAUCCCAGCUGCUGGAGGGCUAUGAGGAAGAGGAUCCGGAGUUGGCGCGCCGCGCCCUCGGCUCGUCGUUCAUCAAACACAUGGACAUCGACUACGCCAAGCUGGCCGCCAGCCUGAAGCUGCCCGAAGUCACGGCAAAC